AUGUUUCCCUGGGGGCUGAGUUGCUUGUCCAUGCUGGGGGCGGCAGGCACCGCUCUCCUGUGUGCCGGUCUGCUACUCAGCCUGGCUCAACAUCUCUGGACCCUCCGCUGGACUCUGAGCCGGGAUCGGGGGUCUGCCUUGCCCCUACCCAAGGGCUCCAUGGGCUGGCCCUUCUUCGGUGAAACGCUGCACUGGCUGGUUCAGGGAUCCCGUUUCCACAGUUCCCGCCGGGAACGCUAUGGGACCGUGUUCAAAACGCACCUGCUGGGACGGCCGGUGAUCCGUGUGAGCGGCGCGGAGAACGUGCGCACCAUCCUGCUGGGCGAGCAUCGCCUGGUGCGCAGCCAGUGGCCGCAGAGUACGCACAUCCUACUAGGUUCACACACACUCCUCGGUGCGGUUGGCGAGCCUCAUAGGCGGCGACGCAAGGUCCUGGCGCGUGUGUUCAGCCGCCCGGCUCUGGAGCACUACGUGCCGCGUCUGCAGAGGGCGCUGCGGCGCGAGGUGCGUUCCUGGUGCGCCGCCGGCCAACCGGUAGCUGUCUAUGAGGCCACCAAAGCGCUCACCUUCCGCAUGGCCGCGCGCAUCCUGCUGGGUCUGCGGCUUGACGAGGCGCAAUGCGCCAAGCUGGCCCGGAUCUUCGAACAGCUGAUGGAGAACCUCUUCUCGCUGCCCCUGGACGUGCCCUUCAGUGGCCUGCGCAAGGGCAUCCGGGCCAGGGACCAGUUGCAUCAGCACCUGGAUGAGGCCAUUGCUGAGAAACUUCAUGAGAAACAGGCAACAGAGCCAGGUGAUGCCCUGUAUCAGAUCAUUCACAGCGCUAGGGAGCUGGGCCAUGAGCUGUCAGUGCAGGAGCUGAAGGAAUGCGCUGUGGAGAUCCUCUUCGCUGCCUUCUUCACCACUGCUAGUGCCAGCACGUCCCUCGUCCUGCUCCUCCUGCAGCACCCGGCGGCCAUCGCCAAAAUCCAGCAGGAACUGUGGGCACAGGGUCUGGGGCACGCCUGCGGCUGCACGCCCGGGACGUCCGGCCUACACCCCGACUGCGGCUGUGAGCCAGACCUCAGCCUGGAGGCGCUGGGCUGUCUGCGCUAUGUCGACUGUGUGGUCAAGGAGGUGCUGCGCCUCCUACCGCCGGUGUCCGGGGGCUACCGCACCGCGCUGCGUACCUUCGAGCUGGACGGCUACCAGAUCCCCAAAGGCUGGAGCGUGAUGUAUAGCAUCCGAGACACGCACGAGACAGCAGCGGUGUACCGUAGCCCGCCCGAGGGCUUCGAUCCGGAGCGCUUCGGUGCAGAGGAUGAAGAUGCACGCACCUCCUGCCGCCGCUACCACUACAUCCCGUUCGGUGGCGGCCCACGCAGCUGCCUAGGCCAGGAGCUAGCGCAGGCGGUCCUGCAGCUGCUCGCUGUGGAACUGGUGCGCAACGCGCGCUGGGAGCUGGCCACGCCCGCCUUCCCGGUCAUGCAGACUGUGCCCAUCGUGCAUCCGGUGGAUGGGCUGCGACUUUUUUUCCACCCGCUGACGACUUUGGGCUCAGGGGAUAAGCUACUACUCUGA